UACAAAGUAACCUAAAAUUUUCAAACUUUUCAACCGACAAACAAGUUAGAUGUUUUACGCGAUUAAAAAUGUUUGGAACAAUAAUUACGAUAUUUAUGUACGCGAAAUCUCUAGCAUACUAUACAUUGCUAGCUAGUUUUUACAUCGGCAAGACUCUAUUUGCCUUGAUUUUUGCGACAGCGAACAAAUUCAGUGUGCUCUGCAGCGGUAUCCUCACUGCCGUGCAAAUUCUACUUGAAGAUUUCGGCGUUUUCCUGCACGAUUUGUCCGAGCAUGCUGGCUUUGGCCUGCGAAUUAUCUACAAAUCAGUGGAAUGCAUUCUAGGAGUAUUUACAUUGAUAUACAAUCCAAUUGCUUCAUCACUGCAAUGGUAUCUCAACAUUACAACAAGCUUCUGCACAUGGAUAAGCAACUUUUACAACAAUACAACAACUCUGAUCACUUUUCUACUGAUAAAUGCUAAGAAAUUACUUGUACUAUUUGGCUCUGGAGUGUGGUUUGCACUUACAAUUGUACCAGUUGCCAUAUUUUCAGCUAGUUUGUUAUUAAUUUACUAUAUUGGUGUAUUGAUAGAUGAGAUCAACAUUUUGAAGAACAAUGUAUGGAGCUGUCUUUUACAGAACAGUAAGAAUUUAGUGGAGUUUUUUUGGGAUGUUCCACUGGAAGCUCUUCUGGGACUUGCUGGACUAGCCUGUAUUGUAUAUAUUUGUGGGAAAUAUGUAACAUAUAUUAGGAUUAAUGCCCUGAAAUGCCUCAGAAGUAUACACAGCUGGAUGUCAUUUAAAAUUCCACAGCCAAUUAAUUUUGCUGCAAUGAAAGAACCUUUGAAGAUGCCAAAGAAAGCAAUUUUAAAUGCAGAUCAAUCAAUUUGUGUUGUGUGCCAAGCAAAACCAAAGAACAUGCUGAUUCUACCUUGCAAGCAUUUGUGCACAUGUGAAGAGUGCAUGAACCAAAUAAAGAGGUAUUCCGGUCGGUGUCCAAUGUGUAGAACACAAAUGGAUAGAACUAUUCUAGUUUAUAUAUAACUUUGUUGUUAUUUAGUAGUUUCCCAGAAACUACCUUUUGUAAAUACGCCUUCCAGAUAAUCUAUUACUUUUAUACAAUAAUAUACAAAAUAUAGUCUAUUUUAUAUCGAAAA